AUGUACACAUACAAAGGAAACCCCAGUGGAGGACCCAGGAACAGGGACCCCAGGAACCCCAGGAACGGGGACAACCCCAGGAGGACAACCCAGCAGGAAACCCCACGAAACAGUGGAGGAUCCCAGGAAUGGAGGUGGACAACCCUUGAGGGACCGGAAAGCACAGGAGGAACCCCAGGGAAAAUGGAGGAAACCAGGUGGAAUGGCCCCAGUGGAAUCCCAGGAAACCCCAGGUCCCAGGAAACCCAGGAGGACAACCCAGGAGGAGGAACCCAGGAAACCCCAGGGAGGUCCCAGAAGGACCCAGGGAACCCCAGGAAACCCAGGAACCCAGGACCGAAGGAGGACAACCCCAGGAAGGAGGAUCCCAGGAAGACCCAGGUCCCAGGAACCCAGCAUAACCCAGGAAACCCCAGGAAACCCCAGAAACAGUGGAGGACAACCCCAGGAACCCAGGAACAGUGGAGGCAUGGCCCCAGGAAGGAACCAGGAACCUGUAACCCCAGGAGGGUCCCAGGAAACCCCAAGGAGGACAACCCCAGGUCCCAGGAGGACCCCAGGAGGAUCCCAGGAAACAGGAGGAGGAACCAGGAGACAACCCAGCAAACCCAGGAACAGGUGGAGGACAAACCACAGGAGGAAACCCCAGGAAGAACCCAGGGAACCUGUGUGGACCCAGCCCCAGGAACCCAGGACAACCCCAGAAAUGGAGGAUGGUCCCAAACCAGGGAGGAAGGAACUUUAGGGGAGGGACAACCCCAGUGGAAUCCCAGUGGACGGGACCCCAGGUCCCAACCCAGGGAGGGACCCCAGGAAACCCACAGGAGGAACCCAGAGGACAACCCAGGAACCGAAACCCAGCCCCAGGUGGACAACCCCAGGCCCCAGGAAACAGGGUCCCAGGAAAACCCCAGGAAGAACACAGGAGGAAACCCCAGGAACCCCAGGAAGACCCAGGAAGAAGGACCCAGAUGUCCUGCUUUAAUACAGCAGAGUGCCGGGCAGUAG